UUGCACUUGAAUCUUGAGUGGUAUCUACCAACAUGGCGGCUUCCAAGCUGCAGACUGAUUGACAGAUUUAAUGCAGGUUUUAACUCGCGAUUUCUUGGUUUUGUAGAUGUAUUUUUGUGCGUGAGUUGGUAGGGAAAUCCGUCUGUUGUCAUCGGAAAGUUAAGUUGCUGUAUCCAGCCAAAUCUUCAAGAUGAUGAGCGAUUCACUGGCAGCCAUCAACGUUGAUCAACUGAGCAACGCUGUGAGUGCUGUGGUGAAUGGCACGCAGGGGCAGUCCCACAAUGCUGGUUCUGCAUCACAGACUACCAUGGGCCUCCAAAUGCCGACCACCAAUACCGUCCCCAAUACCGUCAUGGUCCAUGUAGACCGGCAGCUGUUGAGUCAGCUUGCGUUCCCCCAUCCGGGAUCGACUGGCGAGGUUUCCAAUAUUGAUGGCACGCUGUUGCAGAACUCCGUGAAUGUUUCGGGCGGUUUUCAAACCGGCAACUCACAGCAACAGAGCAGAUUGCUGCAACCUAUCACCCUGACUGCCACACCCCCCACCACAUCCCAGAACACACUGGUGGCAACGCAGAUGAUGGGCCCAUCUGCAGCAACCAACGGACAGGUGCCGUCCUCAAUCCAAAAUGUGGCCCUCAUGAACGCCGUGCAGAUGCUGAACGCUCCCCACUCCAACGUGGGCAGAACCCCUGCCGCAACCCACAACGCACCCAUGAACCAAGUGGUGGGCACACAGAUGAUGAUCCCCUCCAUCCUCACCAGCAUGGUGCCGGCUGCCACAAGCCAGGUCGCAACCCAGAGUACACCCCAGAACGCUUUGCUGGGGACCACGGGACUUGCCAAUGCCUUCAUGACAAAACAGGGUGGGGAACAAAUGAUAUUCAAUAUUCAACCAGAAGUGGCCAGAGGGGGUAACAGCACUAACAGUAACAACAAUGUAUUGCAGCUGGUGCCCAUCAACAAUAGUAGUAGUGGUCUUUCAAACCAGCAGCCUGCAAACCAAAACCCAAUGAUCAACAUGAGCAUAGCCAUCCACCUCCCGUCCCAGGGUAACCAAGACAACAAGGACCCCAGCAACGCCCAGAAACAGGCCCGAACUAUCCCCUUGUCUCAGCUGAUGACUGGCCAGCCAAUCCCAGUCUCUCAAAUCGCUGGUCCUAUCCAUAUGGCAGUGGAACACGGACAGGAUCGAGGGGCUAUCUCAUCUGGCGGUGUGCAUCAAGUCUCGCAGUUUGGUAGCCCUGCCCAGGGUGUGAAUGCCCCCCAGAUGGCUGGCCAGCUCACAGGGAACAUUGUCCAGUCGCAGAUGUCGAUACCCUUAUCCCAGCUAGCCGUAGCCCAAGCCAUACCCUUCUCCCAAAUCACCACACAUCUCUCAGACAGUUCCUCCCAAUCUGGCUUGUGUCUCCCCAACAAUUCGACAUCUCAGCACAUUCAAAUACCGCAUUCAGUCUUCCAGUCCUUGCAAGCAAACUCUGUCAGCAUGGCGUCGACCCCGUUUGCUGCCGCGACGUCCACAACGCAAGCCAUCACCACGGCGUCGCAAGUUGCUGCGCCGGUUUCGACGCCGGCCCAAGCCCCGGCCGUCAUGAUGGGACAGGAGAUGCAGGGGAAAUCGUUUUGGAACCUCCAGUCACUGGAUCAAGGCUCACAGCUGACCUCAGAGUUGACCUCUAGCCUGGCCCCGUCCUUGACCUCGCAAACCCACGACGGCUCAUCUGUUGCACCGAUCACCAAGGCUCCAAGUCAGACUGGAAUGGAUCUAGGCAUGGUGUCUAUAUCACCAGAGGGGCUGGUUUCAAGUAUGAGCACUGACGACAUGGCAAACAUAGAUCUGGGGGCAACGGAGUCCAUCGAAAAUCUAGCCAUGCCAUUUGAUGAGGAAGCAUCAAACAUUUGGUGUGUUGAGUGCAACCAUUACAAUCCCACCACCUGUGCUACCCACGGCCCACCGACGUACAUUCCAGAUACUGAGAUACCAUGCAGAGCCAAGCUGACGUUGCCCGCCAUGCUGAGGUUAUCCGAGUCACUGACGAAUCGCAAAAAUCUGCGCUGCGGUGUCAUUGCAGUGGAGAAUAUCCAAGCACGCAGUCAGUUUGGCCCUUUGAUUGGAAAAGUUAUCAGUAAGAGUGAUGACAUUCUAGAAGCAGAUUCCAUUAGGAUUUGGAAGAUUUUCCGCAAUGGCAUUGCCAGCCAUUUUAUUGACGUUUCCGACGAGAACCAAUCCAACUGGAUGAGGUACGUCAGGCUGGCCGCACGGUCGCAAGAGCAGAACGUCGUGAUCCACCAGAGUGGAGGAAACAUUUACUUCACCACCAAUAAACAAAUUACGAUGGGGGAAGAGCUGAGGGCUUGGUACAGCCAGGAAUACGCACGAUGGAACGGUGUACCUGAGAAGCCAGGCUCCUCCUUCCAGUGCACCCAGUGCCCCAUGCAGUUCCUCCAGCGCAGACAGCUGUCCCAGCACCUGGGCUUCAAGCAUCCAGACAUGGCCUCCCGCCACUACAAAUGCUCCCUCUGCCCGCGGGCCUUCGUCUCCAGCACCAAGCUGCAGCUGCACAUGCUGACUCACAUGGGUCUCAAGCCGUACAAGUGCAGUCACUGCGGCAAACAGUUCUCAGACCCCAGCAACCUGCGCAUCCACACCAGGAUCCAUACGGAAGAGAAGAAGUUCAUUUGUGACAUUUGCCAGAAGGCCUUUCGUCAGAAGAUCCACCUGAUCUCUCACAUGACCACCCACACUGGGGAGAAACACUUGAAAUGUCCCUACUGUGACCUGACGUUUUCCACCCACUCGACUCUCAUCCAGCACAGACACUCCCACGCGACUGACAAGGAGUUGCAGUGCGACAAAUGCAACCGCAAGUUCAAGACCUAUCGCAUACUCCAGAAGCACAUCAAGACGCACACGUCCCAGCGUGAAUUCAAGUGCCAGUCCUGCAGCAAGGGGUUCUACACACGCUACCACGCCAAACGGCAUCACCAGAAAUGCCGGGGGUCGGGAGGGGAGCGAGAUAGGAAGAGGGACAGGGGGAGGGAGGAGGGCGGGGAUGGGGAGAGGAAAGCCAGAAAGCGGAGGGGUAGACCUAUGAGACAUCUGAGGCAGACUUCCCAUGAUUCUGAAUCGAGUCUGGUCGAGAGUUACGGUACUGAUAGUCACACCCAUCAGGGAAGGAACACGGAGCACCAUCUGACUGUCCGACGAGAGAGUCAUCCAGGUGAUGACGAAGAGCCAAGGUUGGGGUCAGGUGAUAGAAGGGAACUGCCAAAGAGUGUCAGAAGGGGAUCACACAGAGAGAAGGAAAGGACACCAAGGGGAACUUUCGGUGGACAUGGUGUGCAAAGUUUAGAUUACUUUGUUGGUAGUGUCUUAGGAUCGUCCAAUAUGGAAACUGGGCUUUCCUCUGCGGAAUUGGAUCAGUCGUCUGAGCAACACAAACAUGAACGCCAGAGGAACUCCUCGAAGAAGUCUCCAAAUAAGGACGCUGAUUCUGCAAGCAAACGGCGAGAUGGCAGGCCCGUCCGGCAGAGAAAAAUGCCCAAGAGGUACUCCUCAGAAGAGGACAAGUCUCUGGAUAAAAGCAGGCAUACAGGACGCAACCAACAGGGAAGAGACAGGCGCCGUGGCUUCUACAACUUCAAUAUUGUUGACGCACCUGCCAACACUGAAAGUAGCCCCAGAGAUCAAACACCGAGACGGGGAAGCAGCAAUGAUUCAAGUUCCCAUGUAGGUGGUAAUCCAGGAACCUCUCUCUUCGACACCAGCCAUGCUCUCGAGUCUGGUAUUCUGGACGAUGGUGAAGACUCUAGGGGGAGCCCUUCAGUUUCCUUCUCGGAGCUGAUGGAGAGCGGUGGCCUGCAGAACUCCAGCUGGCACACUGCUGUAGGAGUUGGUUCCCUUAACAAUACCCCAGGGCCAGUUGAGCAGGGAACAUCAAGAGCAGUUGGGAUGUUACCAAUAGGAAUUGGAUUGUCAUCGUCCGAGACUGCAACUUUGCCAUCAUUGGCCAUUUCACAGCCAGUUGACACGGACUCUACAUUACAGAUGCCCAGUUCGCUGUACUCGGCCAGGUCAUCGUCCCUGGCAACGAGUUCAAUGUCGACGCAGAUGAGGGGUGAGCUAACAAGCGAUGUGGAGGCAAACGAGCAAUGUGAUGAUGAGGAAAGGGCAGGGACAGUCAACGACAAUGUUGAGGAAUAGUUGACAGACAGAUAUAACUUGUAUCUAUUUAAUCGACUGUUACAACAUGUGAAAGCUGGAGUUUGUUUCAUUGCAUGUACAGUGCAAAUGUUGAAAACACUCGUGAUCUUUUUGAUAUCUAUUGUGAAAUCAAAUUGUGGCUCUUCCACAUCAAUUACAGGUGUCAAAAUCAAUGAAUUUCAAUCACUUGACAGGAAGGCAUAAAAUCAAAGCUUAUUGUUCGAGGGCCCUUUGCCCAAGUUCAUGUGUGAGAAACAGGCCAUGGUGAUUGCAUAACAGAAAGUGGUUCUUGUGGCACCUUCACUUAUUGGUUUUAACUUCCCAUUGCAUGUAUACCCUUGCUUGCUGCCCAUUGUAAUGCUGUUAGUAAAUGUAGAAUUUACUAAUUUGUGCAGGCGUGAAAACAUUGUAAAUGUUAUGCUGCAUUGAGGGUAGGCGGUAAAAAGGUUGCAUGCGCUGAACAGUAAUGAUCACUGUACAUACACGUGUCAUAUCAACUUGUGUGUCGCAUGCCAGGAUUUGUGUUAAGCUGGCGUUAGGAACUAGCCUUGGUCAAGGUGUUCGUUGAUUGUGUCCGUGAUGGUAUCUGGCCACCAAGCGCAAUGCACUGAGCGAAUAUUUGUUCGUCGCCUACUGAUUUGCAUCAUUGUAGACGGGUGAGGUUUGCACUUUGUACAGUGCAUAGUGCGCAGCUAGUGUUUGUUUUUAGCGGUCAGGUACCAUCAUGGACACUAUCGACGAGUGCCUUAAGCAAGGCUAGUUCCAUCGCAGCACAAGCAAAUCUUAGUGUUCCAUGUCUCAAAUGAUUGCAUCAUGUAACCUUCAUUAAAUAUUAACCAGUAGGGAAGGAGGUUCCAAGUAUUCAAGGGGUAUUAACUGCACUGUAUUUUAACCUCCAGGCUUCAUCUGACAAUGCAAUACACCAACCACAAUAAAAAUAAAACUCAAGGAAUUCAAAAACCGUUCAUUCUGAAAUGUCUUUAUUUGAUAAAAUCUAUGUACAAAAUACCACCCUUAACAUGCGCCCUUGUAACUCAAUCAAUAAAGAUCACACCGACUUUCCAAUAUGAAUUUAUAAAGGUUCAUUGAAAACAAUUUUUGGGAACUGCUACCAAACAUACUGAAUGUUGAGGCUUGUGUCGGUAGAUCAGAAACUGGCAAUGUAAUUCUGUGCUUAACACUUCUAAUACAGUGUUGCAAUAAAUAAAUCUGUCAUAACAUGAGCUCAGCAGGAUUUGUAAAUGCCAUUUUCUCCAAAGUUAGUUUCACAGUUUAAAUUAGGUUUGUGGUCUACAUUUUGGUUCAUACUGACAUCGACACCAUUGGAAAGCUCCUGUUUUGAAGAAUCCAUAUAUUUUUUAAAGUAUAACUUUAUAGCUCAUUUUCUGACAACAGGCGACAAUUUAGCCGAGAACCAGUCACAAGUUACAUAGCAUAGCAUUACACUUCGGUUGGUAACCUUUUUUUGUCACUGACUGACUGAGCAAAUAUUGUCUAUGUUUUGCAAAAUUUGUCUGUGCUUCACAGCUCCAUGAAAUUGGCGUCUGGUUUCCGUGUAGUUAAAAUGAAAUGUUUCCCCAUUUAAGAUGCAAAAGGCAAUAGGAAAGAGUUGUGCACAUGGUUGUUUUACAGUCUACCAAAUUCCUAGCCUUGAUCAAAGUGUUUGACGAUAGAGUCCGAUCAUCCAUGGUUGGUUGGCUGUGCGCUAGCGCUAUGAACUUACACCUACUGUGCGAAGCGUGAACAGCGACCUCAUGCGGCUAGGCUACAAUACAGGUAGUGCUGAACUAACGCCUUGGAACAACCAUUCGCCUUAGCUUAGUUUUUCUGUAUUUUGUCGUUGCGGGGUUUUUGCGACGACCCUGUAUGUGAAUUUUUACAUUUUUACAUGCACAGAGAGUUGGACAGUGUGACUACAUUCUCCAACAAGUUUGGAACUGCAGACCAAAAAUAAAUUGAUAUAAAUCCUGUGAAAAA